CAGAGGCCCGGAGACGGAGGAAAGUGUUCUUCGUCGGCUAGACGACUUAUUACUGGCACGAAGGACGAGACACCGGUUUGAUAUGUGAGCAGGGUGCCCUGACAUGGACACAGAGAUGAUUCCUAAAUUUUCAUCAAAAGAUGAAGAGGUUGAUUAUUGGAAGUCGCAAGCUCUUAAAUAUAAGAAAAGUUUUCAUGAUGCUCAAGAAGAACUGCAGGAGUUCCAGGAGGGGAGCCGAGAACUGGAGGCUGAGUUAGAGGCACAGCUCAGCCAGGCUGAACAUCGACUUCGAGAUUUACAAAGUGAAAACGAGAAAGUGAAGAACGAGGUGUCCAUCCUCAAGGAGAAACUGGAGCAGCAGUAUGCCCAGAGUUACAAACAAAUUUCUGUUUUGGAGGAUGAUUUGAGUCAGACACGCAGCAUCAAGGAGCAGCUAUACAAAUAUGUGCGAGAACUUGAACAAGCCAACGACGACUUGGAAAGAGCCAAGAGGGCAAUGAUAGUGUCUCUUGAGGACUUUGAGAGCCGUUUAAACCAGGCCAUUGAGAGAAAUGCCUUUCUUGAAAGCGAGUUGGAUGAGAAGGAGUCUCUCCUCGUGUCUGUGCAGAGGCUGAAAGAUGAAGCACGAGAUCUGAGGCAGGAGCUGGCAGUAAGAGAAAGAAACAGCGACAGGAUGUCAGCACCCAGCUCACCCACUUUAGACAUCGACAAGAUGGAUUCUGCAGUACAGGCCUCUUUGUCCCUUCCUGCCACACCUGUAGGAAAGAGUUUAGAGCAUUCUUUUGGUACUUCAAAAGCAUUGGCCAAUGGCGGUGGUGGGUCUGCCCUCACUCCUUCUGCUAGAAUGUCAGCUCUGAAUAUAGUUGGAGACCUUCUGAGAAAAGUCGGGGCUUUGGAGUCCAAACUUGCUGCUUGUAGAAACAUGGCCAAAGAUCAGGCAGCAAGAAAGAAUUACUCCACAGACAAGGGCACACUCAUCAACGGCAACGCCACCAAGUUCUCACACACUCUACACACCACUUACUUUGACAAAACCACUGUAAAUGGACUGGACCCCAGCUCCCUGACCUCCAUGGCCUCAUCCAGAGUCAUAACUCACACAGGAAUGUUGCCUUUAAGUGUAUGAGGAAUCCACAGGCGACACCAACCUCUGCUGAAACAUCCGUCUAUCCAGUCAAGUGUGGCAACAGAAAGGACAUUUCGGCUGCGGUGUGUUUGUGUGCGAGCGCGAGUGGCAGGAAAGAAGACUGAAUGUUCACUUGUGUGGGAGUGCAUGUUUGAUGGGUGCGAGAGAGGCCUGACCUAACAGUGGACUUGACUCCAGGUCACAGCUCUCAGAGCGUCUGUGUGUGGGUGCACGACCGGUUGUGCACAUGUUCCUAGCACUUCUUGCAUGUGCCUAAAUCUGUGCUGUGCUUGUUUGACCAUCUUUACGAUGCAGUGCUCCCUGUCAGUCAGCCUCAGUGUUGACUGUAGCGGUUCCACACCUCAGCAGAACUAUCUUUUUGACUAAAGGGCCUCAGAAGACCACAGCUUCAUUCAAACCUUGUUUUCUAUGAAAUUGCACAUUUAAACUUUUCUGUUUAGAAUGUAUAUUUGAAAAUGAACAUGUUCAUAUUAACUAAUUUAUCUUGCCGUGGUUUAAAAUGCAAUUUUCCUUC